AUGGAGAGCUCAGAUGUGGAGCUGGAUCUGCAGAGGAGCGUACAAGCCGUGCUCCGGGAGCUCAGCGCCCAGGUCCCCGCCUUGCAGAGCAACCAAGGCAUGUGGAGGUGGUCCCUGCACAAGAAGCUCGAGCGAGAUCCUGCUAGGAGUCCCACGCUGGUCCGUAUUCUGCUCAGGGAGCUGGAAAAGGCAGAGAGCGAGGACCUGCGGUACGUCAUCAUUCCCUUGCUGCACACCCUCAUGUAUGUGCUCACGAAGGCCACGGGCAUCCCCGAGGAGCUGUACCGCAGGACCUACGCCUUCUGCACCAGGCUCCUGACCCUGCCCGCGCCCUACUGCACAGUUGCCUUGGACUGCGCCAUCAGGCUCAAGACCGAGGCGGCCGUGCCCGGGACGCUGUACCAGAGGACUGUCAUCGCUGAACAGAACCUGAUGAGCGAGCUGUAUCCCUACCAAGAGAGAGUGUUCCUCUUUGUGGAUCCUGAGCUGGUGUCUGCGUCCGUGUGCACGGCUCUGCUGCUGGAGAUCCAGGCGGCCCAGGGGCAGCAGACGCCCGAGGCCUGCAUGCGCCACGUGGUCUCCCACGCCCUGCAGGCGGCCCUGGGCGAGACCUGCCACGUGGGCGCACUGCACCAGAAGCUGCAGGCCAGCCCCCGCCGCACCCUGGAGCGCUAUUUCCACGCCGUGGUGGCUGCCGUGGAGCAGGUGGCAAGCGAGGGCAGCUCCAGCCGCGCGGGACACCUGGAGCGGCUGGAGGAAAUUUACUGCUCGCUGCUGGGCCCGGCAGCCGCCGCCAGGGGGCAUCGCGCAGGUGACCCCACCCAGGACCGGCCACCAAGCACCCCCCUGCCCAGCCCCUACAUCACCUUCCACCUGUGGACGGACGAGGAGCAGCUCUGGAAGGAGCUGCUGCUCUUCCUCCGCCCGCAGUCCCAGCCCCGCCUCAGCGCUGACCUGGAGGCCUUGGAUCUGCAGGGCUUCCGGCCAGACCGGGACAUGGCCCGGGUGUCUGUGCUGUCCACGGACAGCGGCAUCGAGCGUGACCUUCCUCUGGGGCCCGAGGAGCUGCCGGCUCCCGGCAGCCCGGAGCUGGAGCGCGUGGGGCUGCAGCGCAAAGGGGGCGUCAAGAAGCGGGCAUGGCCUCCAGACCUCCUGAUGCCUGCCGGCUGGGCUGGGCCCCCGGGGCUGCACCGCAGGACGGGCAGGCCCGGCAGCGAUGGGGAGCUGCUGCCCGGCAUCUCCCGGCUGCACACGGCCCGUGUGCUGGUGCUGGGUGAUGACAGGAUGCUGGGGCGCCUGGCCCAGGCCUACCACAGACUCAGGAAACGGGAGACCCAGAACUUCUGCCUCACCCCCAGACUCAGCCUGCAGCUCUACUACAUCCCCGUGCUGGGGCCACAGCAGUCCACUACGUCCGGGCAGCUGGAGCUGGGGGAGCUGGCGGAGCUGGCCGCGUUCCUGGGCCGCGCAGACCCCUGGUACGAGAGCACGGUGAACACCCUGUGUGCCGCCAUCCACAAGCUGGCUGAGAUGCCUCCCUCCCUGGACACCUCCCGGGCUGUGGACCCCUUCAUCCUGGAUGGCAUCACCUACUACGUCCGCAUGGGCACCCACCCCGUCUACUUCCAGAUCUACACGGUCAAGAUCUUCUUCAGCGACCCCAGCCAAGACCCGGUGGAGGAUGUUUUUCUCACCGAGCUGAAGGCCAAGAUCCAAGACUCCAAGUCCCCCAAAGAUGGGUUUUCCCCCAGGAGGCGAGGUGUGGCCGAGAGCCUGGGGGCUGAGCUAUCCAUGUGCUACCAAAAGGCCUUGCUCAGCCACAGACCCCGGGAGGUCACUGUCUCCCUGCGGAGCACUGGGCUGGUCCUGAAAGCCAUCCCGGCUGGUGACACUGAAGUCGCAGGGACCCCGCUCUGCCCCGCUGCUGCUGCUCCGGUGACAGACCACACGUGUCUGCAUGUCAGCGUGACGGAGGUCAUCAAGUCCUCCAACCUGGCGGGAAGGUCCUUCUCCACAGUUACCAACACCUUCCGGACAGCCAACAUCCAGAUCCAGAGCCAGGACCAGAGGCCACUGACCCUGACUCUGGACAAAGACAGUCGGCGCAUGUUCAAGGAUGUGAUCAGGUUCCAGGUCGCUCCCUGCCCAGAGCCGUCUUCCGAGACCCAGAAGUCCAAGCCAUCAUGGCUCAGUUCCCAUGGGCAGCAGCCGAUGGAGACGACCAAAGCCCAGCCCAGACCCCUUCGCAUGCCCAUCAACACGUUCUCCGGCAUCAUCCAGUGAGCCCACCGAGGUGGCAGGAACCCCCGAGGAAGGAAACACUACCCCCAUCAACCUGAAACACAAUGGGCCACAGCAAGUGCCCA